GAGCAAACACUUUGAUGUUGGGAAAACGGUGGAAAGUAUUAUGGAAGAGGGACUUCCAGAAGGUGUUACAGAUGCAAAUCAGUGGUACACCUUGGUAGCUAGCUGGUUUUCCGAGGAAAACAAGAAAAGAAGUGCAGUAAACCGUGCUAAUGCAAAGAAGAAGAAUGUUUUUCACGCAGGAGGAAGGAGGAGCAUUGCAAGGACGAGAAAGCGACUGAAGGAAAAAUUAGGCAGAACUCCUACUAGGCUUGAAGUUUUCGAAGCUAACCAUAAGAGAAAGGAUGGGACAUACAUCAAUGAUCAUGCUAAGGAGUUCAUGGAUAAAGCAAAUGAAAUGGAGGGAUCUAGUGAGGAGGUUUUCAAGAAGCUAGCAGGUCCAGAGCAUCCUGGGAGGCUUCGAUGCAUGGGGUUAGGGCCAACACAGAGCGCAUAUUUUGGAGUUUACUCGCGUGGUGCUGCAUCUGGAUCAUGCUCAUGUUCAUGUAGUCAUUCGAGUGAAGAUGUACCAACUUUGAAAGGAGAGUUAAGUGAGGUGAAGAAAAAAAUGGAGGUCAUGGCAAGGUUCAUCAGUAAUUCCUGGGCAAAAUUGGAUGGAAGAUGCUGAAAACAAUCCGGGUGCAAGUACUGCCCCAUCUUUGGGUUCUCGAGCUUCUUGAUGCCGUGAUGCUCUUAGAUGAAGGAUGUUGAAUCAUGAGUUUAUCAUGUAGGUUCUUUUGAGUAAUAUUCUAGUAGAAUGUUAUGUUUUUAUGGAUUGUCAAUGAUGUUAGUAGGGAUUAUAUUAUGGUACAUGGAAUGUUUGAGGUAAAUGAUGAAUCAUGGUACGGAUUAUGGAAUAUUGACGGUUUUGUAUGGUAUGUAUGGUACGGAUUAGUGAAGACGGUAUGAAUUUGGUCACUAUUGUAUAUUAGGUUCUGAG